GCUGUUGUUGUUUUCUCAUCUUUCGUGCGAUCUUCACGUACAUCAGAUGUUCAAAUUUCAACAAAGUUAAAUUAUUUUCAUUCCGUAAUGUGUACACUCAACUGUACAUAACCUAAUCAGGUCCUUGGAUAGGGCUUUGGAAAAGGAAUUGUUAUUCGGGAAUGUUCUUGAAUUUGGUAAAUUCCCUAUUUCAAAUUCAGAUAGAUAUUCCGUCUGGUGAUUCUAAAUGUCAGAUAAACCAGUGGAGACACAUGUUCCCAACUUUAUUCCCAUCGUAGCAGGUGGUGUCAGUGGUGUUCUAACAAGAUUCAUUUGUCAACCUCUAGAUGUUAUCAAGAUUCGUUUUCAGCUUCAGGUGGAACCAAUCAGCAAGAGGUCUAUGGGGUCCAAAUACCAGAGUAUGUCACAGGCCCUGCCCUUGAUAAUCAAAGAAGAAGGAGUAAAGGCUUUCUGGAAGGGGCAUGUUCCUGCUCAAAUGCUCUCACUCACAUAUGGAGUCAUUCAGUUUGGAGUGUAUGAGUCUAUGGUACAAAAAUCCAGAGAAAUCCCUCAAUUUGCCGAUAAGAAGGGUAAAGUGGAAUUUGUGUGUGGCUUUAUUGCCGGCUGCACUGCUACUAUACUGUCUUUCCCACUGGAUAUUGUCCGGACUCGUCUGGUAGUGCAAGGAAAUGAGAAGGUCUAUGUCAGCACCAUGAACGGGCUGAAAACUAUUGUAAAAGAGGAAGGCUUCCGGGGAUGGUGGAAAGGUUUAACACCGACAUUACUGCAGAUAGGACCUUUGUCUGGUCUUCAGUUUGCAAUUUUCCACUUCCUCAAGCGAAAACUGAAUGAUGUGGAGUGGCUUGGGGAUAAAGGUUCACUGACAGUUUCGGGUACAAUGGUGGCUGGUUCUGUCUCAGGGUUUACAGCCAAGAUCAUCACUUAUCCCAUGGACUUGUCCCGAAAGCGUCUUCAACUGCAAGGCUUCCAGAGAGCAAGAAUUGGCUUUGGAAAAAACUUCUUAUGCUCCUCCUUGACCACUUGCUUGUCCGAAACCGUAAAAGAGGAAAAGUUACUGGGUCUGUUUAAAGGCCUUAUGCCAAGUCUACUGAAGGCAUCUAUAGUGAAUGCCUUAAUCUUCACCUUCUAUGAAAAGACUCAUAGCAUCCUAUGUGAUUUAUACGAGAUUCCCAAAUGAACACUUAUCAACUCCAUUCUAUGAGAUAUUCAUUGCAGCAUUAUUUUUACUUAUAUGUAGUCUGUAAGAUAAACUAUCCAUGUAAAUAAUUGUAUAAAAGUCUAGUCAACCUCUCUAACCUGUACCAAGAAUUAUUGUACAGUCCAAAACCUUUCUGACAGCAAAGUUACCAAUGUGCUAAAUUUGAUAAAAUGUAUAGUAUUUGUUAUAUUUAUUUUAAAAUAGGAAGAAAAAUAGAAAUCUCUGAUUUGUUGAGUUUAUUUAUUGGCAUACAUAGAAUUUAAUAAUGGUAUAUUGUUACCUAAAAUUAAAAUGGUUUGAUACGAGA